AGCCUCCCGAGCAGCUGGGACUACACGCGUGCGCCAUCACGCCCGACUAAUUUUUGUAUUUUUAGUGGAGACGGGGUUUCAAUAUGUUGGCCAGGCUGGUCUCGAGUGAUCUGCGCGCCUCGGCCUCCCAUAUGGGGUUAUUUUUUGGAGUGAUGAAAACAUUUUGAAAUUAGAUAGGUGUGAUGGUUCCAUGACUUUGUGAAUAUAUUAAAAACCAUUGAAUUGUACACUUGAAAAAAGGAGGUGCAUUUGGCCGGGUGCGGUGGCACAUGCCUGUAAUCCCAGCACUUUGAGAGAAUUAGACAGGAGGAUCCUUUGAGGGCAGGAGUUCCAGAUUAGCCUGGACAAAAUAGGAAGACCCCAUCUCUACGAAAAAAAAAAAAGAAAAAGAAAAAGAAAAAGAAAAAAGUAUUGUAAUUACUCAGGCUUGGUGGUGCGCACUGAUAGUCUCAGCUACUGCUACUUGGGAGUCUGAUGUGGGAGGAUCUCUUGAGCCCAGGAAUUCAAGGUUGCAGUGAGCCACGAUAGGGCCACUGCACUCCAGCCUGCAAAAAAAAAAAAAAAAAAAAAAAAAAAAAAAAGAAAGAAAGAAAAAGAGAGAGAAAAUAAAAUGGUUUCAGGCACAGAACUGUAUAUCCAAUAAUGGUGAAAUGGAUCCCACUAAUUAUGACCGAAAUGAUGAUACAUUUAAAUGACUUGGAUGUUUUAUAGGUUGGCAAUCAUCAUGAGCCCCUGUUCUCAUUCUGCAAAUGGUGAAGCUCUCUAUUGUCCUGACCCCACAGUUCCUGUCCCAUGAGCAGGGCCAGCUCACCAAGGAGCUGCAGCAGCACGUAAAGUCAGUGACAUGCCCAUGCGAGUACCUGAGGAAGGUUAUCAAUACUCUGGCUGUCUAUCGUCAUCGUGAGACUGACUUUUGUGGAGGAGUUCGAGACCACCCUGGCCAACAUGGCAAAACCCCAUCUCCACAAAAAUUGGAUAAUUUGAUAAUUAUCAUUAUUGAGUUUCUGAGACCUUACACAUUUACCAUUCUCUUCUGCACAAAUUACCUUUGUUUGUCUUUCCUGAAGACUAUCUUCCAGUCUGAAAAUGGACAUGAUGGAUCCACAGAUGUACAGCAGAGAGCCUGGAGGUCCAACCGACGUAGACAGGAAGGAAAUAAAAUUGGCCGGAAAGACAUCAUUACUCUACGGACACAUGUGAAAAGAAAAGUUACAGCUAAAAUCCAUAAGAUGAAGGUGACAACGAAAAUCAACCAUCAUGACAAAAUCAAUGGAAAGAGGAAGACCGCCAGAAAACAGAAAAUGUUUCAACGUGAGCAAGAGUUGCGGCGGCGGGCAGAGGACUACCACAAAUGCAAAAUCCCCCCUUCUGCAAGAAAGCCUCUUUGCAACUGGGUCAGAAUGGCGGCAGCAGAGCAUCGUCAUUCUUCAGGAUUGCCCCACUGGCCCUACCUCACAGCUGAAACUUUAAAAAACAGGAUGGGCCACCAGCCACCUCCUCCAACUCAACAACGUUCUAUAACGGAUAACUCCCUGAGCCUCAAGACACCUCCCGAAUGUCUCCUUCGUCCCCUUCCACCCUCAGCGGAUGAUAAUCUCAAGACGCCUCCCCAGUGUCUCCUCACUCCUCUUCCACCCUCAGCUCCACCCUCACCUCCACCCUCAGCUCCACCCUCAGCUCCACCCUCACCUCCACCCUCAGCUCCACCCUCAGCUCCACCCUCACCUCCACCCUCACCUCCACCCUCAGCUCCACCCUCACCUCCACCCUCAGCUCCACCCUCACCUCCACCCUCAGCUCCACCCUCACCUCCACCCUCAGCUCCACCCUCACCUCCACCCUCACCUCCACCCUCAGCUCCACCCUCACCUCCACCCUCAGCUCCACCCUCACCUCCACCCUCACCUCCACCCUCACCUCCACCCUCAGCUCCACCCUCACCUCCACCCUCAGCUCCACCCUCACCUCCACCCUCAACUCCACCCUCAACUCCACCCUCAGCUCCACCCUCACCUCCACCCUCACCUCCACCCUCAGCUCCACCCUCACCUCCACCCUCAGCUCCACCCUCACCUCCACCCUCACCUCCACCCUCAGCUCCACCCUCAGAGGAUGAUAAUCUGAAGACACCACCCUUAGCUACUCAGGAGGCUGAGGCAGAAAAACCACCCAAACCCAAGAGGCCGAGGGCCGAUGACGUGGACCCAUCAUCGCCCGAACCCAAGAGGCGGAGGGCCGAUGACGUGGACCCAUCAUCAUCCAAACCCAAGAGGCGGAGGGCCGAUGACGUGGACCCAUCAUCAUCCAAACCCAAGAGGCGGAGGGCCGAUGACGUGGACCCAUCAUCAUCCAAACGCAAGAGGCGGAGGGCCGAUGACGUGGAACCGUCAUCACGCAAACGCAAGAGGCGGAGGUUGAGUUAGCUGACAACAGGCCAUUGCACUCAAGCCUGAGCAAUAAGAAUAAAAUUGAGUAGAACAAAAUAAAAAAAUCAAAAAGCAAAACAAAACCCACACUCCAAAAACAAACUAACAAAGAAUAAAUAAAUAAUAUAAAAAUAAAAUAAAUACUGCAGUCCUUA